AUGGAAUCAUACCACCUUUCCCAGUUUCCCGACGACCACUCCUCGGUUCACCUAGCUUUCUUCAAAAAUGUCACCAACUCUGCGGAUCUUCGAAAACGGCUCGUCGCCGCAGCGACGAUGGAGGGGGAAGAAGGGGAUCAGGAGAGAGAUUUGUUGGAUUAUGCUUUCGUCGAAGCUAAUAUGAUUGUGGAUCGGGAACAACUCUUAACAGCCAUCUACUCUGCCUUACAAGCUGCCAGCUCAGGGCCAUUGAAGACAAAAACGUUGCAUAGCGAAGUCUUGCUAUCGCUCCACCCGUCCGCUACGCCCCAAAUCAAUGAAGCACUAAGGAAAUUCGGAAUCUCAGCGACGACCAAGAAUCUCAUCCUCGUUCGAAUAGGACCCCCAUCUUUAUCCUCUAUAACAUCAACCUCGACAUCAUUACCACUUUCUUCUGAUGAAGAUGCUAAAGCGGAACACGAGCAGAAGCUCGUUGACGCCAUGUCUGACCUAGUCGAGGGGGAGAUGACGAGCCUCUCACAGUUGAGAGAGUCUGACGUGGAUUGGAAAGGGCUCAAGAAGCUCUACAAGCUCAACGAGAUGAACCUGGCCCCUAACGCCCCAUCGACAGAGGCAGAGAAGGAUAUGCUGGCGGCGGUGAUCACGAGUACGAUCGCUACCAAGACCGUAGCGGGGUAG